AUGUCGAAACCUGCUUCCGCCGCCAAGCCUGUAUCUAGAGCCCCCGAGACUGUCCAUCCGGCUGUCUUGGGCAAGCUGAUCACUUUUGCGGUUUUGAUGGCAGUCGUUCCUAUAGGAACGUACUUUGGUUCGCUAAACUACAUUUGGGAAGGCUCAACCACGUUCUCUGCUAUCAGUGCUAUUGUGGCUGCCAACUUGAUUCUUGUUGGGUAUGUGGUGCUGGCGUUCAAGGAGGAUUUGGGUGAUGACAAGAAGUCUGUGGGGGAGAAGAAGAAUAUAUAG